AAAUAAUUCGACCGCGCUCCGAGUACUGUCGUCAUAAAACUAUCAAUCCAAUACCGAAGGAUUCGAAGCCCUAAAUCAGCAGAAUAAGCCAUUCUCGUCGUGGAAUUGAGGCUCAACUCAUUACUGAGCAAUACUUAACAAACCCACACACCCUUCGGACCCAGAUCGACCAUGGAUCUCGUCUCGUCCAUCCGCAAAGAAGGCUCCCGCGGCGGCGUCGACUUCAAAUGGUCCGACGUCGAGUCCUCGACUCGGCGCGAAAACUACCUGGGCCACUCGCUCAUGGCUCCUGUAGGUCGGUGGCAGAAGAACCGCGACUUAAACUGGUACGCCAAGGCCGACGACGCUAUGGCGGAAGACGGAGAGACGGAGGAGGAGAAGAAGCAGAGGCUGAGGAAGGAGGAGAUCAAGGCGAUUAAGGAGGCUGAGGAGGAUGCCCUUGCUCGCGCCCUGGGAUUGCCGGUGAAGGAGAGAGUUAGCGAUGCGAAUGCCACGCCUGUUGGACAGCGGGAAAUAAGCAAGGCGGUGCAGGAUGUUGAGCCUGGAGACCAGGAGACGGAGGGGCAGGGGAGGUUUGGAGGAUUUGUUGGUGCCGUUGGUGAUAAUGACCAGAAACUCGUGUUGGAUGAAGGAUUGGAAGGGGAGGCACCUAGCGGCUUGGCCGUGGCGGACGAACGCAAAUCCAGGCGUGGUGAUGAUAGGGGUCACAGAAGGCCCAGGCCCAGGCAUCGCCAUCACCACAGUCAGAGAGAUAGGCCCCGUUCAAGUUCAAGAGGCUAUCGUCACGAGCGGAGUGACAGGUAUCGGCAUCGGGAUAAAACAGAAAGGAGCAGGAGUCCGGAUAGACGGGGCGAUGGAGAUAGAGAAUCACAGAGAGUCCGGAAAUCGAGUCAGGAAAGGAGGAGCAGCAGGGAUAGGGGCCACAGCAGAGAACGGAGACGACGAGAGAGGAGUCCAGAUAAUAGGCAGAGGGAUCGCAGUCGGAACAGGAGUCACAGCAGAGAAAGGAGGAGGAGAGAGCGAAGCCCGGACACCAGGCCGAGAGAAAGGAGGGGCAGGGAUGGGGAGUGAGGGGGCAGCUAAAUUGAAUGGAUUUGGAAUUAGACUGUGGUUGAGGAUGGUCAGAGAAAUCACGCGGUGAUGCAGCACAUAGGAGAGUUGUUCUGUCAAUAUAAUGAAA